AUGCUUGUGUCCCCCGGUCUUGGCUGUGAGUGUACACCUACAUAUUUAUCAAAAACCCUUGAACCUGGUUUUCCUUCAUGUUAUUUUCCUCAGACUCUCGAGGAGCCCCCCUACCUGACGGUGGGGACGGAUGUGAGUGCCAAGUACAGGGGGGCUUUCUGUGAAGCCAAGAUUAAGACAGCCAAGAGGCUUGUUAAGGCCAAGGUCGGUGCAGUUGUAGAGGUGAAGAAUCAGGACGGAGUUUUCCAGGAGGCCACCAUCAAUAAGCUGACCGAUGCCAGUAUAUAUACAGUUGUGUUUGACGAUGGCGAUGAGAAGACCCUUCGGCGUUCCUCUCUCUGCCUGAAAGGAGCACGUCACUUUGCAGAAAGCGAAACACUCGACAGACUCCCUCUCACCAACCCUGAGCACUUUGGCACACCUGUCAUUGGCAAGAAGGGCAACCGCGGCCGACGAUCAAACCCUAUUCAAGAAGAGGAGUUGUCUUCGUCCUCCAGCGAGGAGGAGGAGAGUGAUCAGCGGCAGAAUGAGGACCUGUUUGGCAAGGUGGUCUGCGUGGAAGGGGUUGCCACCGGCGACAAAAAGAAGACGACGUGGUACCCUGCUCUGGUCAUCUCCCCAGACUGCCAUGAAGAUAUGACCGUGAAGAAGGACAACAUCUUCGUCCGCUCUUUCAAGGAUGGAAAAUUCUACAUGGUGCUCCGGAAAGACAUCCGUGAGAUGAACAGCGACUGCCCUCCAAAAGCCGACGCAGGACUCAGAGCAGCCCUGGACGCAGCCUUGGACUUCCAGCAGAAGCUGGUGGUUCCCAGCAAUUGGAAGACAGAAGUGAAAGAGGAAAGUUCCAGCAGCGAAGAGGAUGAUGACGAUGAGGAGGAGGAGCAGGAGGCAGACAACAGCAGGGAAGAGGAGGACGAGGAGGUGGAGCCGUUCCCAGAGGAGAGGGAGAACUUUCUGCAGCAGCUCUACAAGUUCAUGGAGGACAGAGGAACUCCCAUCAACAAGCGGCCUGUUCUGGGCUACAGGAACCUGAACCUGUUCAAACUCUACCGACUGGUACACAAACUGGGAGGCUUUGACAACAUUGAAAGCGGCUCGGUGUGGAAGCAAGUCUACCAGGACCUGGGCAUCCCUGUCCUUAACUCUGCAGCUGGCUACAAUGUCAAAUGUGCUUACCGCAAGUAUUUGUAUGGAUUCGAGGACUACUGCACCUCCACUGCCAUCACAUUCAGAAUGGACCUGCCUUUGAAGCAGGGUCCAAAGGGAGAGGUGAAGUCUGAGGAGGCGCCAGGAGUAGCAGUUGUCACAUCAUCCAGCUCGGAGGAGCAGAAAACUCAGGUGGAUGGGGAUCGCUGUGCACCCUCGACAGUCUGUGAGGAAGAGAAACCUGACUAUACGCAAAACAAGACGGAGGUGGAGCCCUCAAAAACUGAAGGGAAAGACAGCGAAAACGAUGGUGAAGACGGCAUUCUGAAGGGAGACGCGGACGAGGGCUCGUCGACGUCUCGUCUCGGAGGCGACGGCCUGAAGCAGGAGCACGACGACGGGCAGGAGAGCAAAGACAACUCCGGGGAUGACAGCAGUCAGGAGGGGGAGGAAGGGGAGGAGUUUGAGUGUUACCCCCCGGGGAUGAAGGUGCAGGUGAGGUAUGGGCGAGGCCGCAAUCUGAAGACGUACGAGGCCACUGUGAAAGAGGCAGACGUGGAGGGGGGAGAGGUGCUCUACCUGGUGCACUACUGUGGCUGGAACGUCAGAUAUGACGAAUGGAUCAAAGCAGACAAGAUCGUGCGGCCCGCCAAUAAGAAUGUACCAAAAAUAAAGCACCGCAAAAAAAUAAAGAACAAAGUUGAGAGGGAGCGAGACAGACUGGACCGGCUAAAUGAGAGAGAGGUCCUCGGCCCUUCGUCCAACGCUCACCGGGCCCCACGCUCCAAAUGUGGCCUGAGCCAGGAUGUCUUUUCCAAGAUGGACGAGGGCGAGGACAAAGGGACUCAGCAGGCUCCCGUCAAGUCUAUAGAAAUUACUUCUAUUCUCAAUGGCUUGCAAGCCUCUGAGAUGUCUACUGAUGAAAGUGAGCAUGAGGAUGAGGAGGGAGAGCGCAAUGGAGAAGACCAGCCGGGAUGCUGCGGCCCCAGAAAAGGCCCAGCUGAGCCACUGCAAAUACCAGAGCGCUGGGAGAGCGGAACUCCCUCCGAAGGGCCCAAAACCUCCUCUGUCCCUGGAAAGAGCCAAGCCGCCGCUGGCACGGAGAGCGCAGACGUCGGGAAGCGCAGAAUCCAUCCGGAGUCAGAGGGAGAGGUGAGCACCAGGAAGAGGAAAUCUGAUGGCGCUGCUGAGAGGACCCCCAAAGGUCAACCCAGAGCUAAGACCAGGAACACCAGGAGCGCCGACUGGUUACCCGGAGCCUCUCCCAGGAAGCUGGAGGAGAGAGCAGCUGGUCCCGGAGAGGAGAGGGAAGCCUCCUCCAGCAGCAGUUCAGAGGACGAGAGUGCUGCACCGGCAGAGUCCCAGACAGAGGAGACUGAGCGAAGCCGGCCAAAAACCAAAGCAUCGCCUUCCAAGAAGUACAACGGGAUGAAGGAGAAGACCAAAAGCAGCAGACAAGGGGGCUUCUGGGAGAUUCCUGAGAAGAGGGCCAAAGUGUCUGGGAAUGCUGAGGAAAGGGCUGCUGUUCGGCCAAAAGGACAAAAGGACGUGUGGUCCAGCAUCCAGGCUCAGUGGCCAAAGAAGACUCUGAAAGAGUUGUUCUCCGACUCAGACACAGAGGCCGCCAACUCUCCGCCCCCACCAGUGCCCUCACGUCUGGAGGAGCCCGGGGGGGAGCAGGACGCUGGACCUGAGGACGAAACCUCAGAGGAGCAGAUGGAAAACGACAAGCUCCAGGAGUUCCCAAGCAGCGGCAGUAACUCUGUGCUCAACACCCCUCCGACCACGCCGGAGUCCCCCCCAGGGGGAGGCAGCGCGGUGGAAGACUCGGGUCCAGCGCAGCCCUGCUCCCCGCCUCCUCCUCUGCCCCCUGCCUUACCUUCAGAGCCAGUGUCUGACUCUCUCCCCCCGGAUCCCAUUCAGGAAGAAGUGGCGGGGGGCCGCAGCGAGACGGACAGCAGCACAGUGGAGGUGGAGAGUCUGGGCGCGGAGCUGCAGGAGCUCCCGCAGGAGGACGGGGCAGGUUCCCCCUCAAAGGUGUACGACGCCGGCCUCUGCAACAGCAGCAGCAGCUGCAGCCCAGAGCUGAGCAGCGGCUGCCAGCAGGAGCACGAGCAGAAGUCCAAAGCCUCUUUGAGUCAGAAACGGCAGAAAGAGUCGCAGACGCUCGGAGCCGCAAAAAAACACAAGCCAAGCAGAAAGAGCCUCGGUGUGCCUCCUAAAAAGAACAGGAAAACAGCCAACAGCAGUGACAGUGAGGACCAGUCUGUUAUGGAGGGCGCUGCCAAAUCGUCUGUUUCAAAGAGCAGCGCACCGGACCUGAAGGCUGCCACUUCGCCCAAGUGUCACGGGCGAUCCCCCCCCUCCAGCCAUAAGUACCACAAGCACGGCGACUCGGAUCACACCCCACACAGGGACAACCACGGCAGAUCGCCUCGCGUGUACAAGUGGAGCUUCCAGAUGUCUGAUCUGGAAAAGAUGAACAGUCUGGAGAGGAUUUCUUUUCUUCAAGAGAAGCUCCAGGACAUCAGGAACCACUACCUCUCCCUCAAGUCUGAAGUGGCCUCUAUUGACCGACGACGAAAGCGCAUGAAGAAGAAGGAGAGAGAAAGCACAGUGGCUGCUUCUUCCUCGUCUUCUUCCUCCUCCCCGUCCUCUAGCUCGCUGACAGCUGCCGUCAUGCUGACGCUUGCCGAUCCUCCGGUAUCAUCCUCAUCCUCCUCGUCUCAGAACUCUGGGGUAUCAGUGGAGUGCAGGUGA